AAGGAUAUUUUCUUUUUUCACGCAUUUCGGGUGCCGGGCACCAUUUUUGGGACGUCGACCAAGAUGCCAUACACUGCCGACCACCUCGCCUCCAACUACGCCUGGGGUGCCCUCAUCCUCUCCACAAUAACCCUCCUCACCUGUCUCAAAACCUGGCUAUCACACUACACAACCUUCCAUCUCCACCUCGGCAUCAUUUCCAGUGGUGUAUCCUUGUUUCUGAUAUUGUUUGCGGUCAAAACGGGGUAUUUCGUUCAAGGUGCCAAGCUUCGACCGGGGUUUGCAAUGUUGUAUUUGAGUGUGGAUUGGGUUUUGUAUUUUACGAUGAUGGGGUAUAUUUGGUUUGUUAGCGAGCGGGUCAAGAGGUUUGAAAUA